AUGUUUGCUGAAAACACGGAAAAGAAAGCGGCAUUCUUUUAUAAAUAAGUUUAGUAGAAGUUCGUGGUAGAGAACAUUUCCUUUGGAUAAAAGUUAUGUGAGUUGAUAUUGGCUUUUUCUUACCAUUUUGACGACUUUAAAAAGUUACCUCAAUGGCUUUGCCAAAUGAAAUUUCAAGAUCUUUUCGCCUCUACGUGACCCAUGUUGAUGGCGAGGGUCAUUUUCUGAAGAUCAGUGGACAGCUAGAUCAGCCAUCAUGUUUAAUGAUAGAAAGUUUAUUCAAGACAGCGAACGAAAACUUGGAAAAAGGGAUCGGUGCUGUCCAUCCGGCAGCUAUUCACGAAGGCAUUAUUUGUGCCGCCAAAUACAAAGACGGCGUUUACUACAGAGCCAAGAUCAUAAACACGGCUAAUCUCGCCACUGGCCAAGUUGGAGUGCACUUUAUCGACUUUGGGAACAAAGACAUCAUUUCAUUGAGCACUAUCAGAUUCCUGGACAACUAUGACCCGUUGUUCCUGCAGCUGCGGGGCCAAGCCUCCGACUACUAUUUGUCUCGAGUUAUGCACCCUUCAGGCAGAUGGGAAGAACCACUUCUGCUGAAACUACAAAGCCAGCUUUGUUAUUCUGAGUACCCUGCAACUAUUGAGGCUACCACUCGAACUUUGCCUGUAAUUUCCAUUCAGUUCAAAGGUACUGAUCUCUCGUCACAUCUUGUGGCAAACAGAUUUUUCAUUGCAAUACCUCUAGCAAAACAGGAGGUUUUACUGAUGCAGUUAUCUGGGGAGAAUCAACAGGUUUCAAAUUGGCAGCCUAAUUAUGGAAGUGAGUCGUCUUAUUUAGAACAUGUACCAUUUUUGAUCAACCAGAAUUUUCCAUCUAAUCCUGCAUCAGCUAUGCGUUUACAACAGAAUGUCUCAUUGCCAUUUAAUGGAAGUGUGCCUCCACCUUCCUUGAUCAGCCAAAGGCUGCUAGUCAACAAAGCAUCCAGAAAUCCAGUGAAUCUCAAACCUAGUCGUCAGCCUCAACAAGUGCCCCCAGCCCAUCCUGCACAAUUACCAGGCACACCACCUCCUUUAACUCCAGUAAGUGUAAAUAAGCCACCUUCUCCUAAAAAAUCAACUACUUACAAGAGCAGACUUUUAGAAGUGGGUUCCCAACACAAAGUCUUUGUCUCAUUUGCUGAAGAAGGACCUGAAUUAUUUGCUGUUCAGCUGGUGACUGAUGCCAAGAAGCUUCAAGAUAUGAUGGAUGAUAUAAACAGAAGACCACAUAGUAGUCUUGCUGAGCCUCCAAUGAUAGGGACAGUGUGCCUUGGAAGAAUGUCGGGAGACAGGAUAAUUUGCAGAGCCAUAGUAAUGAACCUGUCUGGAUCACAAUGCAAACUGUUCUUUGUGGACUUUGGGGACACAGAAAUGGUUUCGUACUAUGACAUUUUUGAUAUCCCUGAAGAAUUUGUAAAACCAAAUGUUUUUGCCAUGAGAUUCUGUCUGUCUGGAGUGAAGAAACUGGAGAAGGGUCCUCAUUUGAAUGAGGCGUUUAAGCAACUUGUGAAUGGAAAAGUUCUAACCCUGAGGGUGGUGGCACCAGAGGGGCCUCCACUAAUACAAUAUGGAGAGUUGUACAUGGACAACAAGAAUGUGUUAGAUCUGCUUCUUGCAAAUAUGAAAGACAAACUGCAGUUUAAGUGGUUGGAGAUGCUGCCACUGGGAAGCAAGAAGUCAGUCUUGGUUUCUUACGUAGACAGUUGUGUGAAUUUUUUUGUCCAAUUGUCUGAGAACAUAGACAAAUUGAAUGCUGUGAUGGAGGCAGUGAAGGCACACUGUGAGAGUAGCUCAUCUCCUGGUGAAUUACCAAUGGGUGCGGCAUGCUGUGCGCGGUUCCCUGAUGACACCAACUGGUACCGCGCACGAGUCAUAGACACUAGACGGAAUAAAAUAAUUGUUGCCUAUGUUGACUAUGGCAAUGAACAAGAAGUUGAUGUGUCAGAUUUGAGGACUAUUACACCAGAAUUGAUGAGACUGCCUGCUCAAGCCUUGAAAUGUGCCUUAAAAGGAUAUGAAAGCAAACCAGUAGAAAGUAAGACCUCUAAUCAGCUAGAAAUGCUUGCUCUGGAGAAAACCUUGAUGGCUAAUAUUGUUGGUGUAUUAUCCAAUGACACAAUGUUGGUAUCCUUGGUGGACGACACAGUCAAUCCCCCUCUUGAUGUGGCCAGGAGAAUGACUCAACUCUCACAACCUAGAAGCAACAUUGAGCCAAAAGCAACGACCCCAGUGCGCAAAGAAGCGCCAGAGUCGUUCAGCUCACCAGAAGGCAGUGAGGAUAGCCGCAAAAAGAGUUUCCGACGGGAGAAGAGCUUCAAAGACGAUCGCCGGCCACCGCGUGAUGGCGCUGAUGAUUUUGGGCAGAGAGGAAGUAGUUUCCGAAGCAGAGAAAAUAAGGAACCUUUCGAGCGAUCGGGGCCAGGUCGGCAUAGCGACAAGUUUGCCGGCAGACCCGACCCACGAUCUGAUAGAGGCGAAAGGCGUGGAGGACCAAAACCAAGAGAGAACCCUCCUGGAGCGCCAGCAGUGGCCGCCUGCGAUGAUGAAUGGGAAGAGUCCACUGUCUCACAACCCCCACCAAGGUCAAACUUCAGAGACAAUCGGGACAAUAACCGGGACAACAAUAGAAGAAAACCUAGAGAACAUCAAGGCACUCGCCCUAACUGGAAAGGCAAAGACUCGAGCGGAGUCGGCAAGCGUCUAAAGCAGGCGGCCGAGGCCGCUUCCUUGGACACACAGAACAUUCACAAGGGCUACUCUAUCCAGGAUCGAUUGAAACGCGACAACAAAUCCAAUCAGCCCAGUGAUGGCGAAUAUAAGCGGAAUGACGAAUGGGGCAACAGGAGCGGUCGUCCAGACCGCAGAGACAACCGCGGCGACAGGCGGGACAACUGGGGAGACAAAGAGAAUUUCCAGAAGCGAGAAUUUCGGGACAAUAACCGGGAACGAGGAGACAGGACAAAAAGCAACUUCACCCCUAGAGAACGGGCUGAACGAUCUUUCGGGUCGGACAGUGAUAAGAAAUCGGAGACAAACUUCCGCUCUCAAGAAGGUGGUGGCAGCGCCGGACGCGCCCCGCCAUACAAAAGCCGAAGCAAGUUCACACAAGUUCAGUAUAAAGAACUAUCGGACCCUGUUCCAUUGGAAUCAGAAUUCCAGGAACCAACAAUCGAAAACGGGGCACAACACGAGGUUUCCGUUACCUGGAUAAUAUCUCCAGAAAGUUUCUACACGCAAAUCUUAUCGUUACAACAGAAAUUCGUCGACAUGAUGCAUAUAAUACCAGAACUCUACAAAGGAGUCAAGUCAUAUACUGGAAUAGUGCCCGUUGGUGCUUCUGUGCUAGCGCGAUACCCUGCUGAUGGAGUUUUGUACAGAGCUACAGUGGUAUCAGUGCAGCCGUUUUCCAAAUUCAUCGUUCGAUACGUGGAUUUCGGCAAUAAGCAACUGGUGGAUGCCAAAGAUAUAUGGCAAUUGGAUAGGCAGCUUAUGGAUUUGCCGAAAAUGGCUGUCCAUUGUUCUUUACUUGGAGUGGCGCCUAAAGAUGGCGAGUGGAAAGCCAGCCCUGAUGUGGAUCUUUGUUUCAACGCUCCGCGGUAUCAGUGCGUGUUCCAAGAGUACGUCGAGUCUCAUUGGAAGGUCUCACUGUGGAAUAAUGGCGUCAACGUCGCUGACACGUUGAUUGAGAAACAGCUCGCUGUCAUGUCUGAGCAUCAGUCGUCUGUAGCGUUGAAAGAUGAGGCGAUCGACCUAACAAUCAUAGUGGGCCAACAGAUUCUCUGCAAAGUGACCCACGUCGAAUCCUAUGAGAAAUUCUAUGUACAACUUGAUUUGGACAAAGCGGAGUUGGUCGAAAAGGCCAUUGCUAGCUUUGAUACAUCUAAGUUAACACCUUUAGCGCCAGAGAGUCUGAUGGAAGGCGUGCACUGCACAGUGAAGCACGAAGACAAGAUAUACCGCGCCAUCUUGGAAGACGUAUCUGACACGCAGAAUGUACGUGCUGUACUUCCAGAUUACGGCUUUACAAUUACUACGCCUGUCGCUAAUCUAAUGAUCCUGCCAACGGAGUUAAGCGUGUACUAUUACCAAUCACUGGAAUGUUCUUUAAACAACUACACCGCAGAAUCUAACACGCUGAUGACGCUCGAAAAAAUGAAACAAUGUCUCUUGAAUAACAAAUUCAUUAUCUACAUAAAUUAUGUUGAAGGAAUAAGCUUGAUGUCAACCCUUUACGACGUCGCAACAGGAAAAAAGAUAGCUAUAUUCGAACCGGACGAAGGCGCGUACGAUGAAGUUGUCCCGCUGUGCACUCGCGCUGUCUUCAAUUACAACUUCGGAAUGGCGUACAUCUCACACUCUGAGGACCUAAACGAGAUUUACUUGCAAAAGUCUACUGAUAGCGACAGACUUGCUCAACUUUUAGAGAGCUUGUUCCAAUUCUAUGAAGAAGGUACUCCAGAAGCCAUGUCUACUUUCGAAGUAGACGCACUAUGUGCAGCCAAAUCAUCAGACGGCAACUGGUACCGAGCUACUAUUCUCAGUGUAGAAGAAAGUGAGGUCAAAGUGCAGUUCUCAGAUUAUGGUAACUCUGAAAGCGUCGCCAAAGACUCUGUGAAACAACUUGACCUCACGUUUUAUGAAACGUGCUCCCUGGCGCUCGUUGCCGGACUGGGCCUUGUAGCUUUGCAGGAUAAUACACUGACGAAACUCAUGGAAUGGACUACGGAUAAAGAAGUCCAGGUGACACUUGCUUUAGGCUCUGACGGGUGGCUCGCCAGCUUGCACUUAGAUGGCGUUGAUCUUGCCAUGAAGCUGGUCAACGAAAAGUUAGCCACGCCUCAGGUAGGCUCCAACGAAGACCAAAAGGUUGAAGCUUCUGUUGAAGAACCACUUUCCUUACCACCAGGAUCGACUCAAGUUUAUAUCAGCCACAUUGAUACACCAGGCCACUUCUGGCUACAAAUGGCUGAUAAAGUUGACACAAUCGAAGAAAUUCAAGCAGAAUUACAAGCCAACGCUGGCAACUACCCAGAUAUUGAAAAUCGUGAUAUGGGCACAUUGUGUAUCGCUAAAUACCUUGCUGAUGACCAGUGGUACCGUGCUGUAAUACUGGACUCAGACUCUGAUAUCACUACCGUUCGCUUUACAGAUUACGGCAACACAGAUGUCUUGGAUAAUCAGCCCGGUUUAAUUAAGACAAUACCUAACCAUUUGAAAGAAAUUGAAAGCUACGCAUUGAAGUCGAGCGUCAAUGCUGUUCCGACAGGCACAGGCGAAUGGUCCGAAUCUGCUUCGGAAUAUUUCACUCAACUCGUCGGCGACUUAUCAUUGCCUGUUGAUGCUUUGAUAGUUCUGAAAGAUGUCACGACUUACGUAGAUAUUUUUGUAAAUGGUCAGAAUAUCACAGACAAAUUGGUAUCAGAAGGACAUGCUACGAAAACAGAAGAAACUGAAUGUGGGGAUUUGCCGUCCUGCUUUGCUAGUCAUAUUAACUCGCCAUCUGAAUUUUGGAUCCAAUUAGAAUCAGCGGCGCCUGAACUACAAGCGAUGGAAAGUGCCAUGGUUGACGCAGAAAACUUCCCCGAACUUACAGAAAAAGAGGAGGGUGUAAUAUGCGCAGCAAAAUACCCAGAAGAUGGCGCCUGGUAUAGAGCGCAAGUUAUAGUAGACGGAUCCGAAGGCACAGAAGUCUUAUUCAUGGACUACGGUAACGCAUCCAUCGCGAAUGAGUUACGAAGCCUUCCAAGUGAGCUCAAAAUGAAACCUGCUUUAUCCAGAAAAUGUGCCUUACAAAAACCACGCGACGUCAAAUCUUGGUCGCGCAAAUCUGAAAUCAAAUUUAACGAAUUGGCAGCUGAAGGUGCAACUAUUUUUAAUGUUCAGUUCAUUGCGUCUGGCGACAUCUCCAUUGUGGAGUUACAUCUUGAUGGCAAAUCUGUAACUGAGGAAUUGGUGUGCCUUUGUGAAGACCAUCCAUCUACCGAAAGACCAACACCUGUUGGUCAAGACUUACUCAGCAGCGGGAAAAUCUGUUACGUGAAUUCUGUCGAUGAAUUUUACGUGCAACUUGACGACAAUGUGGCUGAUGUAGAUAAGAUCAUAGACAGGCUAAGCGGCGCAGCAGAUUUUGAAUCUGCAAUGGAACUGAAAGUUGGGUCACUGUGUGCCGCGUUUUGGGAGGACGACGAACAAUGGUAUAGAUCGAAAAUAUUAGAAUUUUGUGAUGUCGGCUAUCAUGUUUUAUUCAUUGAUUAUGGUAAUAAAGCUAAAGCCCAGGAAUUUAGACAACUCCCUGAAGACCUAAUCGCCAUAGAACCAGCAGCUAAGUGCUGCCGCUUUGCAGGCUUGGAGGACAACACUGUCAAAGAGAGUGCCAAAGCGAAACUAGAUGAUUUGGCUGCUGAUUCUUCCUCUACAUUCCAAAUAGAAUUUUUAGAUAGUACUAAAGAACCAGCACUUGUUAAAUUAUACUUAAACGGGAAAGAUGUUGUGUCAAUUAUAACCUCAGAUGAAACAUCUGAGCAAGUCGCAAAUGAAUCUGGUGAGCCUAUUUCAGAUUCCACUGUUCAGCAACUAAUUACUGAGCAAGUUGAGAAACUAAUUACUGAACAAGUUACAAAAACAGACGUUGAUUCUACCCCACCAACUGAACCGGAAACCAUUGAAGCUAAUGUCGAGGUCGAAAAAUCUUCUGAUAUUACAGAGGCUCCCAUCUCUGUUGACACGAACAGUGCCACUGAAGAAGCGUGCAAUUUAGUCAGUGGAGACCAUGAACCAAAAUCAUCUGUCCUUGAGACAUCUAUUGAAAAAGCAGAAGUUACUGCUACCCCCUCUGAGAAAGACACUGAAAACGAAGAACCCGACCAUUAUGAAAGUGCUAAUGAAGAACUGAAUACAUCACAACCGGAACUCAAUGAAAGUGUGGAGAGCAGUAACACUGUCAUUGAAAACAAGUCGUUUGAUAGUAAAGCUGAUAAUUCUAGUGACGACAUUUUAGAAGAUGCAAAAGAUGAGACACCAAUUUCACCGGAUAAAAAUCUAUCAUCGGAAACUCUCGAAAAUUCUCACGAUACCAUAAAAACCCCAGAUCGAGAUGAUUCUAAAGAUUCUUUUAACACCGACACAGGUUACACAAGCGAUCAUGAUAAAAUGUCGCCAAUGAAAGACGAGGAUUCAACGGUGAAAGAUUUAGAAACACCUAAAAAAGAACUAGUAUCGGACCAGACAGUCACAGAAAAGGUAGAAGAAGAAAUCGCUGUAAGAGUCAACUCACCUGAAAAAGAUGUAAAUAAAUCCGCAAUUGAAUCAGUGAAAGAGUGAAUAAAAUGUGAUUUUCCUUAUUUUGUAUUAUAAAAAUCGCAUUGGACUUUAUUGCAAAGCAAUACCUUUUGUGAUGAUACUUAUACUUCUUUAUUUGCCGUUAAUAUUAACUUUUGUUUAAUCUUAUCUUUUAAAUAUGUUUUAGCGUGUUUAGAGAAAUCAUUUGACUGAAUACGUAGUAUUAUAAAUUGUGAUAUUGGAGGUGGUUUCUCUUUUCACUAUGAAGCAUUUGUGACGUUUUACACUUUUAUAUUAAGUUAGUCUUGUGUUUAAUGUGAGUUAAGUUUUGUGCGCGAUAAUCUAAAUUAAGAGUGAAACCAUGUCCCGUGCUACAAAUUUCAAGACAAUGCAGUUUAGAAUCAAAAGAUAGUGUCACAUUUUUUCCAUAUCCAGUUAAUUGCCAAACAGUGUGUAUGUUGUAUUUCAGUGUCGUCCUAACGAAUACUUAAUUUAUUUUGUUAAUUUUUUUGUUUUAGGUAGGAUUUUUAUUUGUUAUUCUAAAACAAAUAACAUAUUUUACCUUCUACGUAACAAUGAACAAUAUUAAAGAAAACUCAAGAAAAAAAUCACUUCAGAAUGAAAAUAGUACAUAAGCUAUGGGAAUAUUUCAGACAAAUGGGCUCUUUCUUUCCCUUAUUCACAUGUUACAGUUAGUCACUAUGUUACACGACCGAUUAUUUUUUCCA